AUGAGACCCCACAGUCGUAGAUUCCUCGACGACAUCGAAGAUACCCUAAGCAUCGCUUCAGCACCACCAGCUCCUUCCUCCGAACAGAGGCUACCGCCCACCAUCAAUAAUGGAAAUAACGAUUUGGUUCCUCUCACUCCAAUUACAGGGAAGCCCUUGGAGCAAUCCAUACCGAGCAUCGACUCCGCCUCUAUUUCUUUAUCAGUGGUGGUACUUCUCAUCGCGCUCUGCUUUGUGGGGUUCUUCUCUGUUUACAUCCACUGCCUCGUCGACGAUAACCCUCCUAACGAUCCUCGCCGCCGACAGCACCAGACACUCAGAGAAAGAGGUUUCUCUUCUGGCAUCGACCUCUCAACCAUCCAAUCUCUUCCCUUGUUCGCUUACGACGGCAACGUCAAGGAGCUCGUGGAUUGCCCAAUUUGCCUCACCGAAUUCGAAGAGAAAGAAAUUGUCAAGAUGAUUCCCUUCUGCGGCCACUUAUUUCAUCCCCAAUGUAUAGAUAUGUGGUUGUCCGCUCAUGGCUCCUGUCCCAUCUGUCGCUCUACCCAGCUGCUCCUUCCUCUUCCUCUUCCUCCUCACGGCAUAGAGAGUGAUGGGCAGCAGCGGACAAGGGCGAAUAGCUUCUCUUCUUCUUCCAGAGUAGAAGAUAGGGUGUAUUUGCUGCCAAGGAGCAACAGCUUCUAA